AUGUCGCAGCAGGACUCCAAGGCAGCUGAUGCCCCGCCACAGCAACCUUCGCGACGAUCUGCAUCACCAUCAAACAGCUUCUAUGCGCUGAGUGACGACGAGGAGGGCGAAUACAACACUAUCAGAAAUGAAGAGACAGGUAAAGGCGUAAAACUUCUCUUUUCCAAGAGCAAGGUUUACGUCCACCCAACACCCUCUUCAAAGGAUAACAUCCCGGGAUAUAUCGCACUUCUUCAGCAAAGAGGUCACCAAGAAGAGCGUCCGUCUUCAUCUGCUUCCCAUGAUUCGCAAAAUAUUGCUUCCUCGGACCUACUUCUCGCCUGGAUCCCUGAGUCUUCGCUCGGCGACUCUGCUAACAUCUACGUCAAGGUCGACCUUUGCGAUGGCGACUCGCCCCCGAAACAGUCUUACUUGGUGCCCCCACCACCGACCGUUACGAGCCAUGUCGGAUCUGUUGGAGGGUAUGCCUUUGCGAUUCCUGUGAAUGCUGUCUACUCGCUCCUUGUUCGACCUCCCAGUCUUGGUUGGUGGUAUGGAUCCGUCAUCAUCAACUCACGUGCGGGUGACAGUUUCCCCGCUCUAUUCUUCCACGACAAUGAGUGCCAAAGUACGAUGCUCCAAAAGAAGAAGAUUGCUCGUGACACAUUUGAUCCUUUUGGUGAAUCGGGACAGAUGUUUUGGGGUGGUGAUGAAGUUGUGAAGUGGCUGCGUCGUUAUGUUAAGAUUGAACGAUCUGGUGCCGAGCCCAACAUAUACCUAAUCGAGCCAUCAAAAGAGGAUAGCGAAUCAUUUGGCCAUAAACCUACCUCCAACCCGUCGCAAAUCGGCAACCACGACAGUUCAGCAGGAGCCCAGCAGCGCGGUGCCGGGGGACCUUCAAACAGAGACGCCGAGAUGGACCCUUUUGUCAAGCUGAUCAAGGAGACUGGCUGGAACCUCAUGGAAAAGUUCAGCAAAGUUACCACAUUCACGCGAAGAGCGGCUCAAGAUAUUGUCGAGAACCCCAAUUUGCCACCACAAGUUAGACGACUACUGAGGAAUCCAGAGGUCCAAACUCUCCAGGAUGAGUUCGACAGCGCCAGAAUCUAUCUAGCUCGAUGGGCCAUGGGAAUCCAGGAGCAAAGUGAUCGAGAUCGGAGACAGCGGAUAUGGUCCGCAAACGACGUGAUGGAGCUCGAGGACACCGACGUUGGCGAGUUUGAGCUCCUGGAAGGUGCUAGUAACUUGUCGCUCGAAGAGCGCCGGAAGGUUGUGACGAUGAAGGAGUGGAACACCUUUUUCGAUCCCACAACCGGCCGGCUAUCAGUCACAAUCGACGAAGUAAAGGAACGAGUUUUCCACGGAGGCCUAGAUCCUGAUGAUGGAGUCCGAAAGGAAGCCUGGCUCUUCCUUCUUGGCGUUUAUGAGUGGUAUAGUACUACCGAUGAUCGAAAGGCGCAAAUAGCCUCUCUACGUGAUCAGUAUUACAAGCUCAAGCUGUCCUGGUGGGAGAGACUUGACGGCGAUGGAGGUGAGGGUGAGACAGGAGAGUGGUGGCGCGAGCAAAAGUCACGAAUUGAAAAGGACGUUCACAGAACAGAUCGCCAUGUGCCCAUCUUCAUGGGCGAAGAUACACCCCAUCCUGACCCAAGUUCGCCUUUUGCUGAAGUCGGCACCAACGUCCAUUUAGAGCAAAUGAAGGAAAUGCUCCUGACUUACAACGAGUACAACAAGGAUCUUGGCUACGUUCAGGGAAUGUCGGAUCUGCUGGCACCCAUCUACGCUGUGAUUCAGGAUGAUGCUGUGGCCUUUUGGGGCUUCCAGAAGUUCAUGGAGCGCAUGGAACGCAACUUCCUACGCGAUCAAUCUGGUAUGCGCAACCAGCUCCUGACGCUUGAUCAACUCGUCCAGUUCAUGGAUCCAGUACUCUGGAACCAUCUUCAAAAGGCCGACAGCACCAACUUCUUCUUUUUCUUUAGAAUGAUUUUGGUUUGGUACAAACGUGAGUUUGAAUGGCUGGAUGUCUUGAGAUUAUGGGAAGGCUUGUGGACAGAUUACAUGAGUGCCAACUUCCACCUCUUCAUCGCUUUGGCAAUUCUAGAGAGACAUCGUGAUGUCAUCAUGGAGCAUCUUCAGCACUUUGACGAAGUGCUCAAGUAUAUUAACGAGCUCUCCACCACAAUCGAUCUCGAAGCAACUCUCAUCAGGGCAGAAAGUCUCUUCAAGAGAUUCCAAAGGCUCAUCGAUGCGGUCGACAAGAAGCAAAACUUCCCUGCUCCCCGUUUCAACCCUAAGAACUCUAGUUCUUCGGAACCAACAGGGUCAGGGCCCUCCAAGGAUGGCAAGACACCCGCCAAGGGCAAGGCUAACGAGCCUGCGGCACCUCCACAGCCAAAGACCAUCACCCCUGAGUUGCGCAAGUUGUUGAAUAAGGAGGUAGAAGUGCUUCCUAGGACGACUGUCGCUGAGAACGGUGACGGCAUGCCAAACAAGUGA